GCUGUUUCUCCUCUAACAUGUGCGUUUUUGUUUACAUCCAAAAAAAUUUGAAACAUUGAAUUGAAAAUUUAUUAAUUAGUCAACUUAUAAGCAAUGGCGAAGAAAGUAAAGGAUAAGACAAAGACUAAAAAAGUCAAAAAAGUUCCAGAAGAAAUUGUGCCGAAAGAUACAGCGGAAGUAAAUGACGAAAGUUCAGAUGACGAAAAAGUUGAAGAUGAAUUAAUGGAAUCUACUGACGAUAUUAUAAAAUCAAUAGAUGAAUCAGGUAAUAAAUCAGAUAGUGACGGCGAUGCAGAAGAUACAAAGGAAUCAAAUGCUGAUAAGCAACAAGAAAGAAAGCAGGUUUAUGAUAAGGAAGACGAAGACAAAACUGUUUUUUGUGGAAAUGUCCCAAAUGAUCCAAAUGUCACUAAAGGAAGAAUUAAGGAUUUAUUUGCUCAGUUUGGGCCUGUUAAAAGUAUAAGAUUAAGAACAGAAAACGGAAAUGUUAUUUUCUCGAAAAAGGUCAAGAAAUAUUGUAAAAGUUUUAAUGCAUAUGUUGUAUUUGAAAAUGAGGAUGACGCAAAGAAGUCAGUGGAACUAAAUGGACAUAAACUUGUUGAGAAUCAUUUAAGAGUUAAUAUGGCAAAUAACAAACAGUCGUUUACAAAUAAAGGAACAAUCUUUGUUGGAAACUUACCAUUCGACUCUGCAGAAGCUGAUAUUCAUGCAUAUUUCUCACAAAUUGGUGAGAUUGAGUAUGUAAGAAAGUUGCCCAAGAAAGGCAUUGCAUUUAUUUGCUAUAAGAAAGGUGUCAGCUUAAUUAAUGCACUUAAACUCAAUGACACUGAAUUUCAAGGCAGAAAAUUAAGAGUAUCCAGAAGUGAGUCAAAGGACAAGCAAGAAAAAAAGAAGUUAUUUAAAAAGGAUCCCAAAACAGGCAAAGUCGUUCGACAAAAAGUCAAGAAAUCACAUAAAUUGAACGAGAAGCUGAUUAAAGGUCGUCCAAAUAUUAAUAAUCCGAUUGUCAAAAAAAUCAAAGACUCACAGAAAGCGAAAUUCAAUAAAUUCACUGAUUCGGAAGUAUCCAAAAAAGAAUUAUUUAGACCUGGUGGAAAAAUGGAUAAAGAUAAUCGUCAAGUGAAUCGUGAAAAAUCAGAAAAGAAGCAGAAAUUCUUUGGAUCUAAGGUCGAUGACACGAAUAGUGAUAAAGUCAAGAAAGGAAAAGUCACAAAAACUGCAAAGCAACAAAAAGUUAUUGCUAAGAAAUUGAAGAGUGCUGCAUUGAGAACCAAGACAUAAUGCAAAAAACUUUGUGCAAGGUCAGCAAUGAAAGAAAAUUUAUAAACAACUCAUCCAUACGCGCCGUGCUAUAACGGCAACAAAUAAUUGCUUCUGUCAAAAACAAAUUUAUUGCUAGUUCCUUUUUAUUCUUGCAUUUAUUUGUAGUGCGAUUACUUUGUGUCAUUGCAUUAAUACAAACUAAGAUUUAAAGGGAAUUACUUUUUAUUUUAGCAGCAUAUAACUGCGUUUACAAAGUAAUAUGAAUAAAUUUCUUUUCCUUUUA